GCUCACUCAUUCGCUGCUGCUCAGCACACCACUCACAUUUCUACACUAAAACUCUGUCUUCAUCUCUCCAUAGAUCUUCAGCGAAUAUCUAGGGGAUUUUUCUUCAGAUCUUCAAUUUUGAGCUUUGGGUUUCUGUUUUCUUGGAGCCUUUAUUAGGAAAGGAUUAUGAAUUAGUAGGCUUGAAGUUCAUUUACGUACUCAUUUGGAUUUGGAGAAGGAAAGCAACAUGCCGUGGGCUUCUUCAUUUGUGAAUUACAGUCGGAACUGUAUUCGCCUGGUGGUUUUCUUUCGUGUCAUACUGUAAAUAAGAUCGCUUUGGUAAAUCCUUUUUGAUUGGUGAAGGAACUCUUAUAUCUAGUGCGGUUUCAAUUUAAAAGCGGUUUGAGGAGUGAGAAUGUACAUUGCGGUAACCAUAAAGAGGUAUCGAGCUGUGAAAGAAGUAGGGAAGAUUAAAAUGAUUGUUGGGAUUACUGCAUGUUACCAAGUGAUGCAAGUUUGUCAGGCUGAAUAUUUCCGCCAGUUGCUUAAGCCUGUUACGUAGUCUAGCAUUACUAAGCUCUGGGGAAUUGGGUUUUGGGACGAAUUGCCUCUGGUUGUGUUCAUACGUAAGAAGCCGAUGACAAAGAUGAACUAUUUGAUUCUGGUAGUUGUUCAUUUAGAAUAGACAGCUAUUUAUGCAGGAUGGCUAUAUGUGGAUUUGCUAUAUAGUGUUUUUCUCAGUUUAGAAACCUUCUUCGAAUUUGAAACCAAAUAACCACCAAUCCAAAGCCAAAAAAAUCCAUCAUUUUGUUGACUUUUUCUAUCCAAAGUGGGCUUCUGAUGCAGAGUGACCAACGAUUUCAAGCCAAAAAGGCAGUGCCCCACGUUGCAAAUCAAAGGGGUAAUAGUUACAUGCAUAUUCCAGUUGCAUCUUCUUUUGCUGCAGCACUACCUCCCGCUGCAAAUCAUUUGAUGCCUGUUCAUGGCAUUGAAUUUCAACCUUCUGAGGUUUGCCCUCAAAACUUCAUUAUUUUCGAUCAGAAUCAUCAUCGAAGCCAAAUUAUGUUCCAUCCCACAGUUGCCCACAAAUUCAGUGGUUCUGGCUUAAAUAUGCAUACAAGUUACAUCCAAGAGAAUUUUUAUAGAAAAGAGAUCAAUGAUAUUGAAAGAGAAAUAUCUGCUUCUCUAAAGGAGGAUUCUGAAGAUAUUGAUAUGUUGUUGAGCUUAGAAGAGGAGGAACAAGAUGAAUAUGAUGAGGAAGAAGUCAGCACAGCUCGAACUUAUGGAAAUCAUGGAAGCAACUCACCUGAUUCUUGCUCAAGUUAUGGUUCCAAACCCAGGAAAACUGGAUCUUCUUUUCAGAAGUCCUCUGGAAGUUGUAGCAGCUGUAACAGUGAAAGGAAACAGCAGAAAAUGAAGAAAAUGGUGAAGGCACUAAGAGGAAUUGUGCCUGGUGCUGACCAAAUGAAUACUGUCACUGUUCUUGAUGAAGCAGUCAGGUAUCUAAAGUCUCUCAAAGUUGAAGUGCAGAAGCUUGGAGUUAGGAAUUUGAAGAAUUAAAAUUAAAAUUUCUGGUAUUGAACUCCAUUUUCUAAGAUGCAGAUAAUUAUGCACCAAUUAGGUUCCCUCUUUCUUGGUGGGUUGGUAUUAGGAGAAUAAUGAUGGCAGGUAUUGGGCACCCAUGUUCAUGUUCCAACGAUCCAAUUAUAGGUUGGUUGCCACAACAUGAAGACAUUAGUGGUUAUCAUCUCUUAAAUUUCUCUGUAACCUCAGUUUGUAUGUACUCUUUGGUGGUGUGAAGAUUGGCUUGAUGUUUGAUUUGUGUUACUCUUCCACUAGUAGGUAUUCUGUCUGGCCUGUUACUAGUUAGUACUACUUUUAAUGCAAUGUUGUACUGUAAACUUUUAAGUCUAUUUGACUGUUCUUAUUUCCUUUGCCUUGUAACAGUGCUUUAUGUGCUUCUUUAUGUCUUUAGCAUAUGCUCAUAAUCAAUGGCCCCCUUGGUACUC